CGCAGCUGGGCGCCCAGUCUCCACACUGUUUGGGAGCAGCAGGAAUGGGAAGAUGGCUGAAGAUCUGGGAGAGCUGCUGGUCCCUUACAUGCCCACCAUCAGGGUACCCAAGUCAGGGGACAGAGUCUACAAAACGGAGUGCUCCUUCUCUUAUGACUCCCCUGAGUCUGAUGGAGGUCUGUAUGUGUGCAUGAGCACAUUCCUGGGAUUUGGCAGAGAACAUGUAGAGCGGCAUUAUAGGAAAACUGGGCAGUCCGUCUACAUGCACUUAAAACGCCACAUCAGACUGAAAGCAACUGGAGCAUCAGGCGGUGCCUUUCCAAAAAGAAUAAAUGGGAGACUAUUUUUAGAACUAGAAAACAACACUGAUAUGAACACCGAAGAUUAUGAAUACGAAGAUGAAGCAAAACUUGUUAUAUUCCCAGAUCAUUUUGAAAUUCCCUUGCCUAAUAUAGAGGAACUACCAGCAUUGGUAACAAUAGCCUGUGAUGCAGUACUUAAUUCAAAGUCUCCAUAUAGAAAGCUUGAUCAAGAAUCAUGGGAAGAAGAACUUCAGGUUUCAAAAUUUGCAAACAACCUGGUGCAAGUAGAUAAUGGUGUGAGGAUUCCACCAAGUGGCUGGAAGUGUGCCAGGUGUGAUCUCAGAGAGAACCUGUGGUUAAACCUGACAGAUGGCUCCAUUAUGUGUGGACGGUGGUUUUGUUCAGGCAAUGGUGGGAAUGGACACGCUCUUGAACACCAUAAGCAAAUGGGCUACCCUUUGGCAGUAAGACUAGGAAGUAUCACCCCAGAUGGAGCAGAUGUGUAUUCAUUUGAUGAAGAGGAAGCAGUUGUAGAUCUCCACCUGGCCAAGCACCUUGCACAUUUUGGCAUUGAUAUGCUGCAGAUGCAGAGGAGUGAGAGUGGUGUCCUGGACAAUGAAGUCAAACCAAGAGUUAAUGAUUGGGAAGUUAUCCAAGAAACUGGAUUAAAGCUAAAGCCAGUGUUUGGCUCAGGCUACACUGGCAUUAAAAACCUUGGGAACAGCUCUUACCUUACCACAGUCAUGCAAGUAAUUUUCAGCAUCCCUGAGUUUCAGAGAGCUUACGUUGGGAACCUUACACGUAUAUUUGAUUAUGCACCUCUGGACCCUACACAGGAUUUCAGCACACAGAUGGCUAAACUUGGCCAUGGUCUGCUGUCAGGACUGUUCUCCAAACCUCCAAUGAAAUCUGAGCUAAUUGAGCAGGUGAUGAAAGAAGAACAUAAGCCUCAACUAAAAGGCAUUAACACUCGAAUGUUUAAAGCUUUAAUGAGCAAAAGCCAUGCAGAAUUUUCUUCAAACAGACAACAAGAUGCAGAAGAAUUUUUCCUACAUUUUAUAAACCUGGUAGAGAGAAAUAGUAUUGGCUCAGAGAACCCAAGUGAUGUCUUCAGGUUUUUGGUGGAGGAAAGGACACAGUGCUGCCAGUCAAGGAAAGUGCGUUAUUCACAGAGAGUUGACUACAUCAUGCAGAUGCCGGUGCCCAUGGAAGCUGCUACAAAUAAAGAGGAACUAAUUGCAUAUGACCUGAAAAGAAGAGAAGCAGAGAGUGCAAAGAGGCCUCUACCAGAGGUGGUUCGUGCCAAGAUCCCAUUUAGUGCCUGCUUACAGGGCUUUUCAGAGCCUGAAAAUGUGCCUGACUUCUGGAGCAGUGCUCUUCAAGCCAAGUCUGCGGGUGUUAAGACGUCUCGCUUUGCUUCAUUCCCUGAAUACCUGGUAGUCCAGAUAAAGAAGUUUACAUUUGGCCUUGAUUGGGUGCCCAAGAAACUAGAUGUGAGUAUAGACAUGCCAGAUCUUCUUGACAUCAACCAUCUCAGAGCUACAGGGCUCAAAUCAGGAGAAGAGGAACUUCCAGAUAUUGCUCCUCCUAUUAUCAUUCCUGAUGAUCCCAAAGAUUGGUCCAGGAACCACUUUAUGGAAUCUCCUGACAUAGAUGAAUCUUCAGUGAUGCAGCUGGCAGAGAUGGGCUUUCCUCUAGAAGCCUGCCGGAAAGCAGUGUAUUACACAGGGAGCAUGGGGGCAGAAGUAGCAUUUAACUGGAUUAUUGCGCACAUGGAAGAACCAGAUUUUGCAGAACCGUUAACCAUUCCUGGCUAUGGAACAGUGACCUCCACAUCAUCUCAUGUACAGAACGCGCUAUUAAACCAGCCCCCAGAAGAGAUUGUAGCACUUAUAUGCUCUAUGGGUUUCCCAAGAAAUUACGCUAUCCAGGCACUAAGAGCAACAAACAAUAAUCUUGAAAGAGCCCUGGAGUGGAUGUUCUCUCACCCAGAGAGUGAAGAAGAGGCUGCUAAUGUCUCUGGCUAUGUGGAUACAGAGAACAAUGGCAUUAUCACAGACGGUGAACAGGAAGGCCCUAGAAUAAAGGAUGGCAAUGGAAGAUAUGAACUUUUUGGGAUUAUCAGCCAUGCUGGAACAUCUACAAUGUCAGGACAUUACGUCUGUCAUAUCAAAAAGGAAGGAAGAUGGGUGAUUUAUAAUGACCAUAAAGUUUCUGCAUCAGAGCGACCACCAAAGGACUUGGGCUACCUUUACUUCUAUCAUAGAAUCUCGUGUUAAGCCUUUAUAUGGGUUCCAGGGCUGUAAAAUGCCGUGCAACUUUUUAAUCCUGUCCUGAAGUGUAAAUGGGUGAAAACCAGGGGAGUUGGGGUGACACAAGAGGUUGUUGGACUGCCAGAAUACCAAGAGAUUUCUCUAUAUAUUUAAAUAUUACCUAAAUAUAAAUAUUUAAAGAGAACCUAAUAUUUGAGGCCUUUUUAAGUGUUAGCCUGAAAAUUUCCGUUACUUAAAUGACAAUGUUGCUUUGUCUACUUUUAUAUGAAAAUGAAUUCAUGCUUUACUUGCUUCUCUGCCAGAGUUACUGGUUACAUUCUUGUUUUCAUUUUAAUCCAUUUGAAAGUUGAUGCUGAGGAUUAUUAUGCCUGGGUUCCCAAAAUCUCUUGAAAUCCGAGGAAAGCAUAAAGCAGUUCUAGAAAUAUAUUCUGAUGGUCAAUCUCUGUUUUAUUUUUUAAAGGUUUGACAGUCACCCGUUAUUCUAACAUAUGACCAGUAGGUGGUGGUGGUGUUAUAAUUGUUGGUAUAACAUUAAGGAGAAAUUGGACAACCUCUCUACAUUUCAGAAAGCAAUAUGGAGGGAGUUUGUUGGAUAGAAUAUAGUUACAUAGAUUCUAAAAUAUAUUUCCAUUCAGAAAAAAAAAUCAUUCUCCUAAAACCAAAGCAGAAGGUCCACAGUUUCUUUUUAACCAAUUCCAUUUUUUGACUUGGUAAAUUAAAGUUAAGAAGUAUUAGUAGUUGCACUAACUAUGGUUUAAAUUGCAGUUCCACAAUUGCUGGACUGUAGCUUUAAAGCACUGCCCUAAAGAAUACAGCCAUUUGACUUUGCUGGCAAAGUUUCAAAUCAUUUCCGCACUACAAUUAUUGUGAAUACACUUGAAGGUAUAAUAAGCUGCUUUACCAGACAAUACGAGGAGCAUAUGAUUAGCAUUUUCAGUAACUCAGAGAGAGUAAGCAGAUAGAGGGAUGUCAUUGCUUUUUGAUGGAUUUUUAUGUUCCCAAGUUAGAUGACAUUACUGCCUUGGAAGUGGCUUAUUGCUGUACAAACAAAUUUCGCAUCCUUUCAAAAGCUACUGCAUGGUAAUAACAUUAUAUUCUUCCGAAGGUUGGAUAUUUGGCAGUUGGGGAAUAUUGGCUGCUUGAUCAGAUGUAUUAGAACUACAAAAAGAGCAGGUAACUUGCCAAGCUCCAGGACAUAUGUGUUACAGACACUUUCAGCCUAAGAAUUCUGGUGAAUGGAGAUAUUCUAGAGUGUAGAGAAACGUUCUAUUUCAUUCAUUCUACAAAAUGAAAAAGCAGUGGUUUAAUAAGCUGUUUUUAUAUAAAAGAACAUAAAGAACACACAUUUGCUUAUCCAAGAUACAGUGGAAAAGCCACACAAACAGUACUGAUUAUACAUUUCAGCUCACAGAUGUACACAUAGAUGGAUAAAUGUGCUUUAUAUUCACUAGAUAUUUUCCUUAAAAUACAUGAAAUAAUCACUUAGGCAACGGAACUUGGAAUGCUUAUUGGAUACUUGGCUUGUUACAUUUUUGUCAGAGUUUUAUUAUUGUCUGCUGCUACAAACUCCUCAGCACAUAUACUGUUAUCUGUCCAAGUCCUGCCCCUGAUCCAAACAAACACCUCUCAUUUCCCUGAAAUCCACAUUUCAGGGAAAUUGACCAGGCCCCUGACCAGGCCCCUUUCUUUGGUCAGGCCCCUGAGAGGACUCCUGCCUGUUAACUCUGUGCCUUACAACUGCUUUCAUAGUUGAGUUCUCCCAGAAACAUUCUGAAUGUUAGAACUCAGUUUCGGAUAUCCUGUUAUAAUUUCUUUGCACCCGAUAUGCAGAAGCGCAUCAGCACUUCUCCUCAACAUUCUUUAUAGCUGCAACACAUAAUCUGCUACAGCUUUAAAUAAGCGUAUAGAGCUUUGUUCCCUCAUCCCAAGUGCAAGUAUUCGCCCACAGAAAUGGAAUACAAGAAGGAUGUAACAUUGGUAGAAACGGAGGCUGCUUGUGUAAAAAAGUAAGGACUUCUCGUGUAAAGUCUUAUUUUAAACAUAUGUAAACAUAUCAAUAUUUGGUAUAAGUAAUUCCAAAACAAGUGGACUUGCUGAGUAGUGUAAUCAUUGAAGACAUUUCACUACUCAUCUUACUCAACUUUCUGAACUAAAGAAGCUGCUCGGAUGAGUGUUGAAAUGUCUUCAAUGAUUACUCAGCUAGUCAGUUGUUUUAGAAUUGCUUAUACCAGAUAUACUAUGGCUUGGAUGAAUGACAAUGUUUAUAGCCAUCAAUAUUUGAUCUUCAUUCAAACAGUAUAUAAAGAUAAAGGUGAUGUAAUUGAACAAAGACAUGAAAAUGUGACUUUGCAGUCAUUCAACAAAAACAUUAACUUAUCCUUCUGUGGAAAAAGUAAGUAAAUCAUUAGUUUCAAUACCUGGUAUUGCUCCUUUUGGCAGAAACAAACUCAAGUAGGCAUUUCUUAUAACUUUCUUCCAGUCUCUAUCAUUAUCUUUUUUCCUACUCUUCCAUGUACAAUCUUGUGAAAAACGGAACAGUUGGGAGGUAUGCACUUGGGGCAUUUGUUCAAUACUACAUAUAUGUUAUAUAGACAUGCCUCCGUCCCUUCAGAAGGGUAUGAUUCCCGUAAUAACACUAUCUUUACUAUGCAAAUCCUUUGUCCCCAGACCAGUCACAAAUGAAGUGUAAGUUAGGCCACACUGUCUUCUCAGUGCUGUCAGCAAUGAUUUAUUUAUUUAGCAAAGAGGAAAACUCUACAUGUUUCCAGCUAAAGAGCUCUUUGUGGUUUUUAAGGUCAUGCAGACCUUGCGGAACAAUGUAAGGAUGCCUUUCAGCUCUAUGACGUUUUUCAGAAAUUCCACCCUCCUGCUCUGAGGUCUUUUUCCAGCUGCAGUAACUUGCUUAUUCAUUUUGUGCUCGGUACUAUUCUCUAGUUGUCAGGCAGUGGGUAGCAUAUCCAUCUCAUGUCAGAAUGAGUGAAACAUAAACCUGUAACUACAGCUCCAUAUGACCUGCAGUUCCAGUGUAAUGGAAUAGUUGCUGGAAACUAAGAGAUUAUGUAAUUUGUCUUUAUUAAAGCAAAACUGUAGCUAAAUCCUGAAUAACUCCAGUUAGAGUACGGUCUGUUACUUCUUACCUCUUGUUGUUUCUGUGGUGAAGAAAAUAGUUUCCCUUAGCUAAUUAAAUCAAACUCAAAAAUACACUGAACUGCGGGGAAUAAUUCUGGGUUCUCAAGUUUGAUCAGUAAUAAAUUAGCCCCAUAGUUUAAAAGUAUUAGAUAAUCUUGAGUAUGGAAAUUCUAUUUGGUUGUGCAGGCGUGUGUAUGGUUUAUGUGCACAUGUGUGUGUUUGCGUAUAUUUACUAACAUAGUAUAAACUAUGAGCUGUUUUUAUGGGAAUAUUGCCAUUAUAUGUUAGUAUUGUGUGUAAGGUAUUCUCACAAAUGAUAUGACUGUGUGGUUUAUUGUAAUGUUUCAACAGUGCCCGAUUUUCAAAAAAUGCUCUUGAUUUUUCUGGCAGUCAUACUUUGUGAAAUCUCACGUUCACUUUUUUUAUUCAUCCAUUCUAGGGGACUGAUCAUGAAAGCAAUUAGGUUAAGUUAGCCAUACACUGGACAACAUUAACCACUGACUCUGCAGCUAUUUGAACCUUGAAUAGGGCUAAAACAAUUGCCUGUCUGACCAACAUAAAUCAUGGGCAAGGACCGCAUGGAGCCAUUAAUGGUACCCUCCCCCAACAGUUUAGUGUAGGUCCCUGUUGUAUUUGUUGGUCCUGAGAACAAAUGAUUGUAUCAGCCCCGGUGGCCAUACAUUUCAGUGGGUUAUUUCAUGUAUGGCCAUCUUAAGCCUUUCCAGCCAAGCUCUGUUGGACCACAUCACUCUGCAUUCUGUUGGAGCAUACUGGUAGUUAUAGAACAGAAAUAGGGAUCCAGGUUGUUGAGCCCCACAAAAAAAUCAAACCAAAUGUUCCCCAGGCCCCAGACACUUCCUUCGGUAAUGCAAUGCAAUAUUUAAGUAUGGAAGGGUUGAUUUGUAAUUUCAUUUUUAAUAUGUAUUUGGCAACCAUCUCCAUAUCAAAGUUAUAGGGGGUACCAAAAAAUUGUCAUCCCGUCCCCCAUAAUUACAAUGGCUAACCUGAAACCCAGGGCCAGCCUGGGGUACUUCUGGCACCACCAAGCACAUAUGUCUUAGAGUAAGAAGCCACACUGAAUACAAACUUUAAUAAAAAAAAGCCAGCUUUUUCACCAUGCGUGGUGCAGUUUGUUGAAGUUUUCUCCUUUUAGGGUUUCCUCAAUUAGUUCACAUCCGUCAGUCUAUAAUUGUAUUCAUUAGUUCACACUUGUAUCAUGGGUUGAUUCCCUACCAAGGGUUCAUGUAACAUCAGUCCUAAGUUUUCUACCCUUCAUUACUUAAAGGAACAGUGACAUAAAACAAUGAAGGUGUUUUUAAAGUAACGAAAAUAACUUAACUGUUGCACUGCACUGGUACACUACUAAAGUUUUUAUAAACAAGCUGCUGUGUAGCCAUGGGGGCAGCCAUUCAAAGCUGAAAAAGGAGAACAGGAUACACAGCAGAUAAUAGAUAAGCUCUGUAGUAUACAAUAGGAUUCCUUAGAACGUAUCUGCUGUCUAUAGGACAUCCCGUGCUUGAAUGGCUGCACCCAUGGCUACACAGCUGCUUGUUUAUAUAAACUAUAGUUGUGUUUCUAUAGCAAACACACCAGUUUUACCAGUGGAGUGCAACAGUAUAGUAUUAAAACACUUUCUUUUUUUUGUUCUAACUCUUCCUUUAAUGGACAUUGCUUUCUGAGACUGACAUGGUUUUUGCAGUGUGGGCUAGCUUUUUCAUGUACAAAAAAAUAGUGUACAGGAAUAUCAAAGAAUACACAUUUCCCAAUUGACUAUUUUUUGAUUGCUUGCAUCACACAUUACAUGCCCACUCCAUAGUUAUUUUACACUAUAGUUAUUUUUGACACUAACAAAUAUUUCCUCAACCCCCUGAGUAAUGAGAGCACUGGAAUCUAAUCUGGGUGACAACAACUUGAAAGCCAUAGGGUAAAGAUCGUCGGACUACUGUCUUUUAUAGCUUGAACUACUGUACUCGGCCACAUCGUGGCACACUUUAUCUAACAGCAUUGCUGUACUAUGCAAAAACUGUCCAACUCAGGGAUCUUCAACCUGUUGUAGUUCAUCAAGAGCAGGAGAGCCACAGGUUGCAGAUCUCUUGCAAAAACAGGCUUAAGAAUGUUAUGGGUUUAAAGACGUUGUAAAUCCUUGGCAAAUAAGUAAUGAUAUUUUGUUAUACUUCUAUGUUCAUCUCCUGCAUUUAUUCCAUCUCUCUGGGAAAAAAAUGCCUGUCGCUGCUGAAAAAAAAUGCCCAGAAGGAAUGAAUAUUGUUGCAAAUUAAAAUAUUUUGCACAUCUUAAA